AUCUCUCUUGUUUGUUUCGUUGAACGAAGUUCACUCCUUUCCUCGUGUCGCCCUACUCCUUCACAUAAACGCACGCCACAUACAAUACAUUACUCUCUCUCUCCGCCUCCCCUUGUCUUCCUUCUCGUAAUCAACCACAAAAACUGCUACAAAACCCCUUUCUUUCUCUCUCUCUGUUCCUCUCAGGAGUUUCAUUUUUGUUCUUCUCUUCAACUCUCUCUCUCUCUCUCUGUUUCUGUAUAUUUUGAUUUUGUUUUGUAAUGGCGACGAUCAAUCUUCCCACGGGAAUGUCUGCCUUGAAAUCCGAAGCCACCAAGCUCUCUGAUCGAUUCUCAUCCAAACACUUGACCGAUUUCUUACCUCUUUCGCGUACCCGAAAACGAAGCAUGUGCAAGGAAAGCUUCACGGUCCGGGCGAUGAAGAUCGCCGAGCAGAGCCAUGACGCUGACCUUUCGUCCCAGAACGGUCCUCUUAACGGCUUUCCUAGUGAUACUGUGGAGCAGGCAAGUACAACCUCAAAUGCCCAAAGGAAAACAAAGAUUGUGUGUACAAUAGGUCCUUCCACAAGCUCACGUGAGAUGAUAUGGAAACUAGUAGAAACUGGGAUGAAUGUGGCACGUUUAAAUAUGUCACAUGGGGACCAUGCAUCACACCAGAAGACCAUUGAUCUGGUUAAGGAGUACAAUGCUCAAUUCGAAGACAAGGUAGUGGCCAUAAUGCUGGACACCAAGGGUCCUGAGGUCAGAAGUGGAGAUGUACCUCAACCAAUCAUGCUCAAGGAGGGGCAAGAGUUCAAUUUCACUAUUAAAAGGGGAGUCAGCACCGAAAAUACUGUCAGCGUAAAUUAUGAUGACUUUGUCAAUGAUGUGGCAGUUGGGGACACGAUACUGGUUGAUGGUGGGAUGAUGUCAUUAGCUGUGAAAUCCAAGACAAAGGAUUCGGUUAAAUGUGAAGUAAUUGAUGGUGGAGAACUAAAAUCAAGGCGACAUUUAAAUGUGCGUGGAAAAAGUGCAACCCUGCCAACUCUGCCUUCGAUAACAGACAAAGACUGGGAAGAUAUCAAGUUUGGGGUGGACAACAAAGUUGAUUUCUAUGCUGUUUCUUUCGUGAAGGAUGCCAACGUGGUCCAUGAGUUGAAAGAUUAUCUUAGAAGCUGCAAUGCAGAUAUUCAUGUGAUUGUAAAAAUUGAAAGUGCAGACUCUAUACCAAAUCUUCAUUCAAUACUUACUGCAUCUGAUGGGGCAAUGGUGGCUCGUGGAGAUCUUGGAGCUGAACUUCCAAUUGAGGAUGUCCCUUUAUUGCAGGAAGACAUCAUCAGAAGGUGUCGCAGCAUGCAGAAACCAGUUAUUGUAGCGACAAAUAUGCUGGAAAGCAUGAUUGGUCAUCCAACGCCAACAAGAGCAGAAGUUUCUGACAUUGCAAUUGCAGUACGGGAAGGUGCUGAUGCAGUCAUGCUUUCAGGAGAAACUGCCCAUGGAAAGUAUCCAUUGAAAGCUGUCAAAGUAAUGCAUACUGUGGCAUUGAGGACUGAGACUAGUCUACCUGAUAGUUUUAAUCCUCCAGGACAAUCUACCGCCCAUAAGAGUCAUAUGGGUGAAAUGUUUGCUUUUCAUGCCACCACAAUGGCAAACACCCUUGCAACUCCCAUCAUUGUCUUCACAAGAACGGGUUCCAUGGCUGUACUUCUAAGCCAUUAUCGCCCUUCCUCGACAAUCUUUGCCUUUACAAAUGAAGAAAGGGUUAAGCAGAGGCUGGCUCUUUAUCAUGGUGUAAUGCCCAUAUAUAUGCAGUUUUCUGACGAUGCUGAGGAGACCUUUUCUCGAGCUCUAAAACUGCUACAGAGUAAAAGUCUGUUGAAGGAAGGCGAGCACGUCACUCUUGUCCAAAGUGGGGCACAACCUAUCUGGCGCCGGGCAUCUACUCAUCACAUCCAAGUUCGUAAGGUUCAAGCUGAUUAGCUUCCCUUUGAAGAGAUAUUUCCUUAAUAGACAUUGUUUCAUGUAUUAAUAUUUAAUCAGGAUCAUUUGCCUUUUUGAAUUUCCAACAAUCACGUGGUUUGCAGAAAAAAUUAUAGGAAACCCCAUAAAAAUGUUACUCUUUUGAAAAUUUCUAUUAUAGCAUAACAGUCCUUCCCCAAAAUUUUGCAAUCAA